GUGACCCUACCGUUCCUUCCCCCCGUACCCCUGUUGCUGACCAUACUACAUCGGAGACUAAACUUGUACGAGGAUCAAGUGCGAACGUCAAGCGUUCAGGAGUAGCGAAGAGCGCUAAAGAUGGCGGCGAACAACGCCCUCGUAAGGGAUAUAAGAACCAAUCUCCACAAUCUUCUGGUGACGCAGAGCUAUCUUCAGCGUGGCGAACGGAGAUGCGACGCGGCACGCAUGCGUUGAGGGAUGUGAGGAACCAUCUUGCGGAUUUGCACCAGAAAGCAGUAUCCGGCACCUGGGGCGCCGAAGAAGUCCGAGCGGCAACAGCUCGAGCAGCUCAACUGCUGCGCGAAGCCGAGCGCCUCCAACGACGAGCUGCUGAACUCCAGAACGGCAGCGAUGCCUCCAGGAGCCCUAACCGUGUUAAGAGUCCAGAACGCCGGCCUAGAAGUCCUGAGCCUGAUACCUGCGUGUGCCCUGAAGGGUAUCAGCCUGGAGAUGCUUAUGAACCACCUUUAGUCCAUGAGCUCCGGAUGGUCCCUCCAAGUGCUCUGCUGGCUCCAACGUUGCAUCCACCACCUUGUGGCCCCGGAUCUCUGAGGAGCAAGUCUGAAUUGGAGCUAUCGCGUCGCCUCAGUGAGAGUCUGGAUAUGCAGGAGCGAUUGGCUGCUGACAACGCAGAUCUUGACGUCAAAAGGUAUAUUCUGUACAAGGAGUUGAUGGUGAAAGAGCAGAGGUUGGAAACGGCGCGCGCGCAGGCGGCGAGACUGCAGGCGGAGCUGAAGUUGCUGGCCAGAGACAAUGCGAGGUUACAGGCUGCAGUAAACUCGCAACCCAUAAGUGACUGUUGUUCUGAAGUUCAGACUGUUGAGCCACCAGAACAACCAGUACAAGACAACGCGGCGAGCGGUGAACCGGCAGAGAAUUACACCGAACUGGUGAAACAGCUAAGCGAGUUAGAAGAACAAGUGCGGGUGGUACAAGAGAUGGCGACGACUAAACAUGCGGGCAGCCUGUGCGGCGGCCGGCCUUGCCCCAGCGGUGGUGGGACUAACGUCUGUUAUGAGCCACAGACGGGCAUGCCACCGAUGCCUGCAACCCAACGUGACUGCAACAAAUGCCCUCCUUGUCCUGCAUCCUGCAACCCAGAUGCAGCGCUGACUCCGGCGGAAAGAGAAAUUAACGUUCUCAAGGAAAAGCUCCAGAAAUCCGAAGAUGAAUGCAAGAGCUACAUUGCAGACUGCGCUCUCCUCCGCUCUGAACUUCUAAAGCGAAAAGAGGAAGCGGAAACGGAGCGAUGCAUCGCUCGAGAGACUAAAGCGAGGUUGAGGAAACUGGAGAUGAAAUUUGAGGGUCUGACGCCGAAGACCAAUAUGCAGGGGCCUCCGGAGAAGGCUUUUGAGACCGAAGUGAACGUGCAGAAUCUCAGGCAGAUGCUCCGUGAAGCCAACACCGAGAUUGAUGAACAGCUCACCCUGAUCACCGAAAUGGAGAAGCAGCUUCAGGACUAUCGUUUGAAGUUUCUUCAAGCCCAGCAGCUGUCAGAAGAGCAGAAGAGACAGCUCGCGGCGUUGGACGCUGACAACGUCCGCAUAUCGGAACAGAUCAACUUUGAAAUCCAACGUGUCAAGAUCAAGUUUCAAGAGAAGCUCCAGGAGUUGACUCCCCUGCCCAAGUUGCUUCAGGCCACUCACAGCCAACUUAGGGACGCUCAGCAGCAGCAAGCGCUUGCUGAGCACAGGGCCGAGCAGUUGGCUAGGGAGCUCAUAUGCGCUAGAGAUAAGAUUGCAGUCCUAGAAUUCACCUUGAACAAACCGGUUGAAAAGCAGCCAGGCCAGGACAGAGUGGCAGAAGGCAAGCUGCUGGCCGCCACGCAGCAGCGGGUCGCGCAGCUCACUGACGAGAACAACAAGUUGAAGGCCGAACUGGAUAGAUGCAAGAACAGCGUCAUCCGCCUCGAAGAGUCCCUCCUAGGUUGCGGCAGCCGCUUCCAGGAGAAGAUCGAUGAGAACCAGAGGUUGGCUGGUGAACAGAGCAAGAUUAGAGAGGAGGCUGAGAGGGCCAUCGCUCGCGCCAACCAGCGGACUGAGACUAUUCGGAAAUGUAUGCAGACGACCAUCGCAGAGCUCGAGAUGCAACUGGCUGCCAGCAGAGCGAAGGUUGCAGCCGCGGAUAAGGAGAGGGAGGAGCUCCGUCUCAACAUGGAAACGCAAGUCACCCGCCUGCAAGACAACUGCGAGAUGGCGCACCGGCGCGUGCGCGGGCUGGCGGCGCAAGUCGCGGCGCUGCGCAAGAUCGCGCCAGACGCGGAGACGGCGCCAGACACGCGCCAACCUUGCGUGUGCAAGGAGUAUAUAGACACGCUGGCGCCAGAGGCCAAGAAAUAGAACAAGACUGUGUUUUGCUCAAUACCUGUGUCUGUAAAAGAGUUAUUUUGUUAUUUCGGGAAUAUUUUUGUUUGUUUCCGUAGCUUUAUUAUAUAAUUUUCAAUAAUAAACGGGACUAAACUACCGUAAUAAUAAUAACA